AUGGCCAACGGCGACCGCAUCCAUAGAUUCGGCCACGUUUUCGUUGAAGGCCAAGACCAAUACCUCUUCGUCAAAAGUCUAGGCUACGGAGCAAGCUCGCAAGCACAGCUUGUCCUACACGUACAAUCGGGUGAUCUGCUGGUGAGGAAGGUGAAAACCGAGCGUCUCUGCGAAGCGGAGAAGAAUAUCCCAGAUCGCGAGAACGUUCUUUUUUAUCUUCAGCAGCAGGCUGCGCAACGGGACGAGCAACCCAAUAUAGUUCGCCUAUUUUCGGCCAACGAUGUGUGGGCGGUCCAGGGGCCAGGGACAAGGCUGUGGUCCCGCGUAUUCUAUCUGAAGUAUUACAACGGUGGUAGCGUAGGUGAGUUGUACAUGAAGUACGUGCGAGCGAAAAAGGCGAUGCCGAGCUCGCUAAUCUUGAGAUUGCUAACUCAUGUCGUCGCCGCGCUCAAUUUCAUAAGCAGCUGCAAUGUUCUACACGCUGAUCUCCACGACGAGAAUAUCUUUUUGGAGGUCUCUCGCAACGAGGCUCCUAACUUUUACAUCGCUGACUUUGGAGAAGCCGAGCAAGGUGCACUAACCAAUGCUAGCAACAAGUUUCCUGAGGACGUCUUUAUGGUCUGCAUGAAUCUUGAGAAUUGGUUAGAAACUGGCCCAGAUCUAACAGAUGACAGAGAUGAGCUUUGGCACUAUCUGAACAAUGAUGUCCACUCAGUUCUUGCCGACCUUGUUGAUUCUGCCAGCAAUCAACUGCCCGAUCUAAGACCUCUGCUUGAGGUUCUUCAAGCUGCACCCCAGGGCUUGCCAGUGCCGCUAGAUGCGUGGAUCCUGCCCCAAGAUGAAGACACGCUUAUGCCUCUGUAUCACACUACGGAACAAGGCGCGCUUGAAGCUUCCAGAAUAGCGGGCCCAUGGUACGUGAUGGAAGUUGCUUUGGACAUACACAACUGUAAUGGGCUCCCCAAGCCGAUUCGUGUCGGCCUGGAAGCGCAUGAUCAUCCCGGUGAUAUUUGA